AUGCCCCUCACCUCGUUCCUGUGGCAGUCAGCUAAAGGAGUAUCGAAUGUCGGCGCAUUGUACAGACACCAAUGUAUAGAAGCUCUGCGUAUAUGCCGAAACCUGAAGUCUGAGAGGUCUUUGCAAAGAGACGGGAUCGGAUUCCAGAUUCUCAUGGAUCUUGCAUGUUUGGCCUUGGACUGCGCCGCCAGAGAUGACCCAAAGGCGGAGGCAGCAUUCCUCGCCUUUGACGAGGCCGUCGAUGGGAUGCGCCACACCGCCAAGCUCUCGGUGAAUAUCGCGAACAACAUGGCGACGGCAAAGAUUCAUGACGAUGCUGCCGCUCACAAGCACCAGUCGGUACUCGCGAAACUCUCGUUCCAUAACGAAGCAGGUAUGACGCCAUUUGGACGCGCGGUCAAGAGGUCCCUUUAUACCUUCUUCGUCGCCCCCUGCGAGGAUACGACUUUCACCGAUGUGAGCCAUCUAUUGCAAUUCGCGUUUCACGUCGAACAUACGGCGACUCUUCCUGAACUGAUCUUCCGUUUUCAUCGAAAACAUCGGCAACGAUGGUCAGAGAAGUUGCCCUUCCAACCAUUGAGGUUCCCCCAUUUCUAUGCCAAGACCCAGCUAGAUCGUAUUGAUGAAGAGGUCGUGCGUCCACUCGACAACCACAGCAUGGACACCUUAGCGUCAGAAGAAAUUAUCUGGGCGUAUGGUGAUAACCCCCGCGGCCAUUAUGAACUGGUACGCGGGAUGCGCCGCAGUCGCAUACGUAGUAUAAGUGUCGCACCUGCAAGAGACGGUCUUUGCAGAGUCUUCAGAGACAUAUGCGGGCAUCUUGCGACGGAACGCUUCCUCUUCUGCGACGUCUUCUCACGGUGGGUUGAAGACAGUGCCACUCUGCUCCACUUCCAACCUUCAGGACGCAUUCGCGAAGAUGGAGAUUGUCCUGGGCGUGUGGUCAUUGAGCCCAACCAGGAUCUCAAUACUGUCUUGGUUGAUAUUGCGAUCGCCGGCAUUGUCGAGCAAGAAGUAGUCAGCCGCACUCUGGAGACAUCACGUGCCCCCUACGACGGGUACGUCACGGAAACUAUGCUCUCUUUACAAAUCCAUAAGGAUGAUGAUCAUAUGAUGCCGGGAGGGCUUAGUCCCAGCGAUUAUGCAUUACUGGCCGUUAACCCGCUGACAAGACAAGGUGACUGGUGGGGUUUCAAGGCCAAGCUGACAGAAGGCGUAGCCCAUGUCAAGAGUCGAUUUUGGCGACGCUCUCGAGGUUGA